AUGGUGGAAACAAAACUGAACAAUGCGCGCGAUGCCUUGACGGAAAAGCUGCGUGCAGUCCGAAACACAGAUGUACCACAGAUUCCUUUGGCACACAAAUCGGAGUCGCCCACAGGGCCAGGCGACAACGAUCCCUUCCAAGGCGCGAUGGACCCGCUCGUAGUCGCCCACCCGGACCUAAAUGCGCCACUGCCCAAGAAGCGUAUCGUGACUCAGAGCAAUCUGGACCACUUUGCACAUUCACAAGCGUUUGCAGAAAUACUUGGCAUGAUCCGAAGCUGCAACGAGUAUGUGAAAGGACGCAAAUUGACCGACAAUAUCCAACUCAGUGCCCCUGUCGAACGCAUUCUCGAUAUUGUGGACAAAGUGCGUGCGCUGGUGGACGAGACGCCGCGCGACACGGACUCUGCAUCAACAUCAAGAUUUGGAAACCCCGCAUUCCGUACGCUGUACCGCAAGGUCGUGGAUGCCACCGAUACCCUUCUCCAAACCAUUCCUGGCCUCGAGAAUGGCGACGAUCCUGCGUACCAAGAACGCCUGCGCAAAGAGCUUGCAGUAUACUUUUACGAAAGCUGGGGCAACGCAAAGCGUAUCGACUACGGCAGCGGCAUGGAGCUUAAUUUUUUGUGCUGGCUGCUUGGUUUGACCAAACUUGGCAUUCUGCAACUUGCCCGUGACGCCGAAGCGAUCGUGCUGCGCGUCUUUUGGAAGUAUAUUCAAGUGAUGCGUGUGGUUCAGCAGACAUACUGGCUCGAGCCGGCAGGAAGCCAUGGCGUGUGGGGCCUGGACGACUACCACUUUUUGCCGUUUCUUUGGGGCGCUGGCCAACUGGUAGGCCACCCGUAUUUGAAACCCAAGUCAAUACACGACGUCGAGGUACUCGACGAGUUUGCGCCCGAUUACAUGUAUUUUGCAUGCAUCCACGCGAUCAACUCGGUCAAGACAGAGUCGCUGCGCUGGCACUCACCCAUGCUUGACGAUAUCUCCGAUGUGCGGUCGUGGGCAAAGGUGGAUCAAGGCAUGGUGAAAAUGUAUCGCGUGGAAGUCUUGUGCAAGCUGCCGAUUGCUCAGCACAUGUACUUUGGUACUUUACUUGACUAUGGUGCGCCGGAUACGGGCUCGGAGGACGUCGAGGAGGACGAGCACGGUCAUUUAGUGCAUGCUGGCUCGGUGCCCCAUGGCCAUAGAGUGCAUGGGCACGGCGAAGGGCAAGGUGCAGGUUGGGGCGAUUGCUGUGGUAUUCCCAUCCCUAGUGUAUUUGCUGCGGCAGAGCAGAACAAAGCACAGGCAGGACGUGUAGCAAGCACACCAAUUCGCCGUAUUCCGUUUGACUAG